UACUCUAUAUAGGCAGCACUGGUAGUCAUCUUGGAAUAAAUACUUGGCUUCUUACCGUUUGGCUAUACCUGCGUUGGAUUAGACCAGUCGGGUAGAACAACAAAGGCAAUCGUGUUCACUUGCACAGACUAUAGAUAUACCUAUGUAUAAGGGACGGGCUGACUAAAUCACCGCAAAGCUCAUGAAAAAACAAAAACCAGUUAGUUUUGGAACCAGAAGACAGCAUCAGUCUGAAGAUCUUGGAGACAGAUUCUGACAGUGGUCAGGGCAGCUGUGAAAUGGCUUCUGCUGAUGAUCAGAACAAAAUAUUGGAUUGUAUAGAGGACAGAGAUACAGAUGAAGAAGAAUUCUUGGUGUGUAAAAAAUCUAAAAGCAAGAAAAUAUUGGUGGAAAGUGACAGUGAUGAAGAAAUGGAAACAAGUAAAAUUGCAGAUAAUGUGAAGGGGAACUCUAAAAAUGAUGAGGAGAACAAUAUUUCUGCUCAUAGAGAAAAGCCACGAAGAAUCCAGUCAGCUCUAUUUGAUAGUGACAACAGUGAUAACGAGGUUGAUGUUCAAAUGAGUACACGUCAAAAUACUAUUGAGAGACCUGAGUCAGACCACGGUAGCUUGGAGAAAGAAUCCCCUACAGUCAAGCAUAAAACAAGCAAGUCCUUGAAGAAACAAGGUGACACCAAUAAAGAGAAAAGAGUGAAAAAUAAAUCGAAGCACAAAAUACAGAAAGAGGAGAAGGUUAAAAGGAGGACACAGCAAAAGUCAAAAGCAGUGAAGGAGGAUAGGCCAAAUUUAAAUGACAGUGGCUGCCUACUCAAUGGAGAUCUUUUUGAAAACGAAGUGGGAAGUGGGGUGGAUUCUAAUGAAGAAGAGGAAUCUCUUGAUGCUAUCCGCACAAAAAUAAAAGGAAAACUGAAUAGUCAUUCUACUGAAGAUUAUGAAGGCUUUGAACUUGAAACUGAAGGGAUGCAAGAAACCCAAGAAAAACGAAAGGAACGAAAAGCUGCUAGACUUGGUAAAGAAGCCAUGAAACAAAUGCACAGUGAGACCCAAAGACUGAUGCGAGAAUCUUCCGUAUCUUUACCAUAUCACUUACCUGAACCGAAAACAAUCCAUGAUUUUUUCAGAAGGCGCCCAAGGCCUCUUUGUCAAGGAAAUGCAAUGCACCUUAUAAAGUCAACAAAGUACCAACCCUGCACUGAAGAAAAAAAGAACACCAAAGAGGAAAUUUGUGCUGAAGUUCAAAAGGGUGAUUAUGUUUCAAAGGAAGAUUUAGAAAUCAGUGAAGAAAAUAAUUCGUUAAAUCCUCAGUGUUCACAUGCUGCUGCACUAUUAGAUGUGCAAAAGGAUGCUCAUACCGAGGGGAUAAGUAAAUCCACAGAGACAGUUGUGAAUGGUGAAAUUAAUGAAAACUUGAUACAGUUGGACAAGGAGGACACUUUCAACCACAACAACAAUGUUCACAAACAAGAAGCAGUUGGAUUAAUAGCUGUAAAUGAAAUAUUUCAGUCACCUUCUAUUCUCCAGCCAGAGAGUACAGUUUGUGAACAAAUUCAGAAUAAUGUAGACAGCAACCUUAUGCCUGAGCAACCCUUGCAUAAACCCAAGCUAUCCAAGCUUGAAAAGCUGCGGGCUCUUGGAGUGGACUUGUCUAUAAAACCCCGCCUUUGCCCUAAUGAUGGUUCUUUUGUCAACUUAGAUGAACCAAAGCCGAAUAAAGAAUUUGAAGCUUUGAAGGAGCGUUUCCUGAAGCACUCUUUGCAAAAGGCUAAACCCAGAGCGGAGAGGAAAGUCAAUCUUAAUAUAAUCCGCAAGGAGACCACUGCUGAUGGAAAAGAAGAACUAAAAGCAGAAAUAGUGCCAGUAGUUAUGGCUACUGAAAAACUGGAUGAGAGCAUUCAUCAAAAGCCAGGUGAGAAACUGCAGGCAUUGAAAUUCAAACUACAGGAGGCAAUGAAAGUCCGUCGCAUUGAGGAGCGCCAGAAGCGACAAGCCUUAUAUAAGCUUGACAAUGAAGAUGGCUUUGAAGAUGAUGAAGAGGAGGAAGAAAUGACAGAUGAGUCUGAAGAUGAUGAUAAAAAUGCUGAGACUGCAGAUUACCUUGGAGAGGAAGAUGAGGAAGAGGCUGGUGAUGCUGCUGAAGAUGAGGAUGAUACGGGAAAUGUGCCUGAAAUUGUUGUACCUGUCCCAAGACCAACAGUAACAACAGAUUCCACCCUUAUGCUGUUUAAGGACAAUUCCUCGAAGAUAGGAGAUUCACUACCUGAUGAAAGUGUAUGCAAGAGGACCAACAGGCUAGAAGAUGAAGACUCCCUGUUACCACAAUUAAAAGAAAACAGCCAUAAUAGCAGCUUUGAACUUAUUAGUUCAAUGAUACCAUCAUACCAGCCAUUUAAUAAAACGGCUCGGGGUGUUACCAACUCUAACAAUGGCGGCUUUCGCUCACCAUCUCCAGUCAAUUUUAAAACAAGCUUUCUCAGCUCUGCAUCAAAAAGCUCCGGCAAGAUGUCCGAACCAUCCCUUCCUGUGGAAGAUUCACAGGAUCUAUAUAAUGCCUCGCCAGAACCCAAAGUCUCAUAUCUCUGUGCUGGAAGAAGCUCACAAUUUCAAUUUUCAUUGGAAGAUGACACCCAGAGCCAACUGCUUGAUGCUGAUGGUUUUCUGAAUGUUGGUCGCCAUCAGAGCAAAUAUAGUUCUGCCAAACACAGGCUAGCAUUGGAUACAAUGGAUGAGAAUGCUAUGGAUGCCAACAUGGAUGAACUACUAGACCUUUGCUCAGGACAGUUCAAAGACUCCAUUUCAGGCACAUCUCAGGCCACUGAAAAAGAGGCUAAGAAACAGCCAAUGGAUGAAUUGCUUGAAUUGUGCUCUGGCAAGUUUGUCUCUCAAGCUGACUGCUCUACACAAGAUUCUUCUGCUUCAGCUAAGGACAGUUCCGCAAAUGAAAAGAAGGACAUGUCUGAUGUAGCAGCGCUGGGUUCAAGCUCCUUCCUUGCUGAAAGAGAACAAGAAGAAGGGGAGGAAGAAGAAUUUGGUGAAUUCAAGCUAUUACCCUGUGAUUCAGAGAGUGACAAUGAUGAAAAUAAUGAAGAGGAGGAAGGAGAAAAGGAUAAUGAAGAUAAUGAAUAUGAGGAAGAUGAGGAUGAAAUUCUGCAGCAACAGCAAAAGAGAAAAUUGCGGCUGAAGGACUUCAUGGAAGAUGAAGCAGAAUUGUCGGGAAGUGAUGUAGGUAGUGGAGAUGAGUAUGAAGGAGAUGAUGAUGAAUAUGAGGAAGAAGCCAUAGAUGAAGAUCUCCCAUCUGAUGAGGAACUGCAGGAUCAAGUCAAUAAAAUUCAUAUGAAAGUUACCAUGGAUGAAGACCAACGACAGCUUCGCCUUUAUCAGGAGAGAUACCUGGCUGAUGGAGAUCUCCAUAGCGAUGGACCAGGGAGAACAAGAAAGUUUAGAUGGAAAAACCUUGAUGAUGCCUCCCAGCUGGACAUGUUCCGCAGAGACUCUGAGGUGGAAGAUGCUGAUGGAGAGAAUGAGGAAACUGAGGAUACCGAACUGAAAUGGAGGAAACAGCGGUUUGAAAGAGAACAAUGGCUGCGACAACAGACACAAGUUGGUAGAGAUAACAAUGAGGAGGAGGAGGAGGAUAUUGGCGAAGACAGCCAGUUUAUGAAAUUGGCUAAAAAGGUCACUGCAAAAGCCCUACAGAAAAAAGUGAGUACCGAGCUAAAUGAGCCAAAGAAACUGGAGGCUAAAAAUCAGUAUGAAGUGAUUCGGCCAUUCAGCCAUCCAAAGUUGCGUACUGGCUCACUGUUAAGCAAACCAAAAGAAGUCUUACAGAAGCUGGCAGCGGUGUCGGAUUUGAAUCCCAAUGCACCUCGAAACUCAAGAAACUUUGUCUUUCAAACGGUCUCUCCUGGAAAAAAAGAAGAGCCUACAGACAAGCCAAGAUCAAAGGUACGUAAGAAUAUAUCUGUUGCCGUGCCUUCCCCUAAACGUUUUAAGAAGGAUAUCUCCACUGCAAGUAAAAGCCGAAGUAUAUUUCAAUUGUUGGAGUAGGUUUCUUCAACAUUACACUACACCAAUAACUUGUUUUUAUGUCUUAGCAACAAACAAUUCUGUACAAUCUUUUAAAGUAGUUAUGGGUGAAAUCUUUAUUGUACCCCUGCUUACAUGCUACAAUUCUUUGUACUGAAAUAUUAAUGUUACUUGAACUAAUGUUGUUUUUGCUUAAUAUCAUUCAUACAGAGGCAUAGGGAAAAUACUGUGUAUUUUUUCCUUUAAUCAAAUAUAUGAUUGUUGCCUUACAUCAAAUGUUCUACACAAAUAACCAGGUGGUAUUUCCUCAUAACUUCAUGAUCUUAUGUAAAUCUACCUCGUAUAGUUACAAUGGUCCUCCUGCACAGAAAAUACAGUUGGGGUAAAUAAAAAUAAAAUAAUUGUUUUUACAACUGCCCAUAUACAUAGACUGUGCAUUGUCUUACCGUUUUGAGUAAAAUAUUGCUUAAUUAUUUUCCUCUUGGGAUGUGAAUAACUCCUUACUUGGCAUUAUCCAAAGGGGCUUGUGCCGAACUUUAUUUUUUUUCACCUAAUUGAUUAAAAUAUAUAUUUUUCUCUUGUUGCACGAAACAGGGCAAACACAGACUGGAAGUUUCCUUUCCAGCUUCCUAGGUUCUUAAGUGUAGCUAUGGAGUUGGAGAAGGUAUUUAAGUGACUUACUAGUCCACAGAUGUCCCCUAUGUAUAAUGAGCUCCUUAUUUAAAAAAAAAAAAAAAAAAAAAACCCUGAUGCAGAGUGAAGCAAGAUACAGUUUGAAGAAUGAGUUUGCUUAUGCAGAAGUCAUCUUUUUUUUCAUUGUGGGUAGUAGGGGGGGUGCAGGUAAAAUCAAUGAUCCAUUAGUCAUUUAUAAUAGAAAAAAUAGGAAUAUGUGGAUUGUUUUUAAUUAAUAGAAUAAGCAGAACACAUUUUAAAACAAGGCCUAUUUAUUUUGCUAAUGUUGAAUAACAAUGUAUAUAGCCAUAUACUACUCCUUUGUAUUAUGAAUGUGUUUCUUGUAAUAUAUUUUAUUGUAAAUUGUUAUAAAUGUUUGUGAAAUAUUUGUUAAUAAAUUCAUUUUUUAAAUGUU